AUCUCCUUCUGGAGCCAACGUGGCCCAAAAAAAGCUCGACCGUCGAUAUCGCUUCCGGGUUCUGGCACGUCGCGCUCGCCGCCGCUUCGUCGGAGGAGAUGGGCGGCGCCGCCGUGGCCCUGCUCGCGGCCGCUCGCCGGCGCCCGGCUACCCCGCUCUCUUUCUUUCUCCCUCGCGCGGGGCUCCACGAGGCUGCCACUCCGGCGACGGAGGAGGAGAAGGGGGGGACGCGGCGGAGGCGGAGCAGGAGCAGCAGCAGCCGCCUCCUUGGGCCGGACAUCCCUGAUGCCUGGGACCAGCCCCCGAGCUCCGUAGCGCGGCCGCCUCCUCCGAGCGGCGCUGGAGUUGAUUAUGGGUCCACUGCAACCAUUAUUGAUGGCAAGUCUGUUGCCGAGGACAUAAGGUUUCAGAUCACUGAAGAAGUUCGUCAAAUGAAAAAUGCUGUGGGGCAUGUGCCUGGCCUAGCUGUUGUGUUGGUAGGCAAUAGAAGGGACUCUCAAUCAUACGUGCGAUACAAAAUAAAGGGUUGUGAGGAAGUUGGAAUAAAAUCUUUGUUGGCAGAGUUGCCUGGGAACUGUACUGAAGAUGAAGUGGUGGAUUCUGUUUCAAGAUUCAAUGAAGAUCCAUCUAUUCAUGGCAUCCUUGUACAAUUACCUCUACCACAGCAUAUGGAUGAGGAAAGGAUUCUGAGCGCUAUUAGCCUAGGGAAGGAUGUGGAUGGUUUCCAUCCAUUGAAUGUUGGUAAUCUUGCCCUUAGAAGUCGGAAACCAUUAUUUGUGCCCUGUGCUGCAAAGGCUUGCCUUGAGCUAUUGCUCCAAUCUGGGAUUGACCUCAUGGGAAAGCAUGUCGCUAUGAUUGGGAGAAGCAAAGUUGUUGGGUUGCCCACUUCUUUACUUUUACAGAGACAUCAUGCAACUGUUAGUAUUAUCCAUGCUUUCACAACAAAUCCAGAAGAGAUUACUCGUCAAUCUGAUAUUGUGAUCUCAGCUGCUGGAGUGGCCAAUCUUGUAAGAGGAAGCUGGUUAAAGGAAGGUGCAGUUGUGAUCGAUGUUGGAACAAACCCAAUUGAGGAUCCAACCAGUGAUUACGGCUAUCGGUUAACUGGAGAUGUAUGCUUCGAAGAAGCAGCGAGGGUGGCCUCUGCUAUUACUCCAGUUCCUGGCGGUGUGGGGCCGGUGACCAUUGCGAUGCUUCUUGCCAAUACACUUGACUCGGCCAAACUAGCUUAUGGCUUAGCCACUGAGCCCCAUGAAUUGUAAUCUUGCUGUGUAAACUAGUUUUUCUUUUUAUUUGCUCGUUGCUCUCACUUUUGGCUGUAUUGAGAGAGAGCUGGGAUGUAAGUGUAACAUAUAUUUUGCUGAAUAAGAUACGGUUAGUCGUGCC